UCAUGUGUGACACGCUAAUAAUUAAAUUCGCCGAUUGCGUGAGUGCCCGAGAGUUGUAUUAUUAAAUCGUGUUUGCUGUGGACUGUAACGUUCUGUGUGGGUGCUUAGUUGCCUACUGCCUGUUCCGGCAAGGAGAAAGUCUCUCGUUAGGAAUACAAAAUUAAAUAUACUUAUAACAUGUUCAAAAUGUGUUAGAUAAGACGCUCGACACAGCUCGUUAUUUUAUUUUUUCCUUUAUUUUUUCUUUUUCCCGCUGAAUAUUCAGCAUCAUCAUGAUUACCAGGCACCAGAGGAAGACCGACAUUAGUUGGUGUUCGAUUGUAUUGUGUUUCGUAAUGCUGUUCGUUCUUUUUGAUGAAAAUCGUUCUGCUAACGGUCAAGCACAGCCGAUACCUUCUCAAGAACAACAGCUUCCAAAUGCCCAGCCCACUGCACCGUGGUAUGAAACCUUGCCAGCGGUAGCAAUGGACUAUAAAGUGAUCAUUGACCCGGGUAAAGAAGACUGUUACUUUCAAUUUGUUAAUCCUGGGGCUACAUUUUAUGCCAGUGCUCAAGUAUUGAGAGGCGGAGACGGUAUGGCUGGUUUUGCAGUUAGGCAUCCAAACGGCCAAGUUGUGCACCCAUACCAAUGGAAAGCAAGCUCAGAUUACCAAGAUCAAGAAUCUACUGGAGGUUACUAUAGUGUCUGUAUAGACAAUCAAUUUUCAAAAUUUGCAGCCAAAUUAGUUAAUUUGUAUAUCACCGUAAUUAGGUAUGAUAAGUGGGAUGAAUAUCAUAAAGAAAUAGAAGACAUGAAUGUCAGUGUAGAAAAUUUCACAUCCACUGUGAAAUCAGUUGAAAGUAACAUCAAUCACAUGUUGCAACAUCAGUAUCAUGUUCGAAGUCAAGAAACUCGUGAUUAUAAUUUAUUGGUUGAUAAUAAAACGUACGUGAACAGAUGGUCAAUAAUGCAAAUAUUGUUAAUAAUUGGCACAACUACUUUACAAAUUUAUUUUCUUCGUAAAUUAUUUGAGACUAAAGGUGGAGUUUCUAAAACAAGGGCUUAAGCCAUUACCAACAUAUUUUGAAUUAUAUAUUACAAUAUUUUAUUUGUACAUCAUUCCUUUUUUUUCUAUGAAAACUG